UGAUUAUUGAAUUAGCUGUCUUUUCCCCUGUUCCAAUUUCUACUUGUUAAUGAAUUAUUCAAUGGAUUUUUCUUUCGAUGUGAUUUGAAAGUCAAUAUAUCUAGUUUUUAUUUCAGAAAAUUUUUUGUUACAACCUCUGUUCUUCUCAACCUUUGAGAACUUAUAAAUCUUUCAUUAUUCUCGAGUGUGCACAUUUUCUUGAUUUGUUAUCUUCUUCCGCGAUAUGGAGGAGAGACAAUUGUUGUUUGAGAAGUAUGAAAUUGGGACAUUAUUAGGCAAAGGAACUUUUGCGAAAGUGUACUAUGGUAAGGAACUCGAAACAGGGGAAAGUGUAGCCAUUAAAGUGAUAAAAAAAGAUCAAGUUCAGAAAGAAGGAAUGAUGGAGCAAAUCACAAGAGAAAUCUCUGUGAUGGGCCUUGUUCGUCAUCCCAAUAUUGUUGAACUCAAAGAAGUCAUGGCUACGAAAUCUAAAAUCUUCUUUAUAAUGGAGUAUGUUAAAGGGGGUGAGCUUUUCGCCAAAUUAGUAUCCAAAGGCAAAUUUAAAGAAGAUACAGCAAGAAAGUACUUUCAACAAUUGAUAAGUGCUGUUGAUUACUGUCAUAGUCGAGGUGUUUAUCAUCGCGAUUUGAAGCCUGAGAACCUACUCCUUGAUGAGAAUGAGGACUUGAAGAUAUCUGAUUUUGGGUUAUCGGCUUUGCCUGAUGAGCAGUUGAGUAGAAAUGAUGGUUUGCUUCAUACACAGUGUGGGACACCAGCAUAUGUUGCUCCUGAGGUUUUAAGGAGGAAAGGUUAUGAUGGUGCAAAAGCUGAUAUUUGGUCAUGUGGUGUAAUUUUGUAUGUGCUUCUAGCUGGUUACCUUCCAUUUCAAGAUGAGAAUGUGAUGAACAUGUACAAGAAGAUUUUCAAGGCGUAUUUCGAGUUCCCUCCUUGGUUUUCAAUGGAUUCGAGGCGUUUGAUAUCUAAACUUUUAAUGGCUGAUCCGGACAGGAGGAUCACUAUUCAAGGUAUCAUGAGGGUUCCAUGGUAUAGGAAGGAUUUCGCGAUGCCACGGGCGUUUUCAAUCCAAGAUUUUCAAAAGUUAGAAAAGGAACAAGAAAAUGAUCAUGUUGAAGAAGGAAUGAGCAGCAAACAAGGAGGGAUGAUUAGGAAAUCCCCUUCAUCCCCUGCAUUUUUCAAUGCAUUCGAGUUGAUUUCAUCGAUGUCUUCUGGUUUCGACUUGUCUAGCUUGUUUGAGAUCAAAGGGAAGGCAUCAUCCAUGUUCACUUCAAGGAGCACUGCCCGGGAUGUCAUCCGUAAAAUGGAGAAAAUGGCUAAAGUUAUGAGGUAUAAGGUUUAUAGGGUAAAACCAUUCAAGUUGAAGAUGCAAUGCCCCGAGGAAGGACGAAAAGGGCGGUUGUUGGUCACCGCUGAGGUGUUUAAGGUGGCCCCGGAAGUCACCGUGGUCGAGCUCUCCAAGUCCUCCGGCGACACGUUGGAGUAUAACAAGUUUUGUGAAGAGGAAGUUAGGCCUGCAUUGAAGGACAUUGUUUGGACAUGGCAAGGGACUGGUACUGGAAAUGCUGAUAUUGAUAACAAACAGGACUUGGAGCAAUAAAAAUUUGGUACAUGUGCAUUUUUCUCCCUCUUCUUUUGUGUUUGUGUUUCGCUCCCCCUGAUCGGCUGAUAGAAAUAAAUCAACGAUCGGAGAUAUUCGUGUUACUUUGUCAAUAUUGAUUUGUACAUAAAUUGUGUGUUAUACUGACCACUUUGGGAUUUGUAUUGUUUGUAUGUUGUGAUUCACUUAAUUUCCUCUAGUCAUUCAAGCACAAUUAA